UCUCUUUCUUUCUCUCUAAAGUUGGAGACUCGAGCUCCUCUCUCUCGGUCCUGGACCUGGAUUCCUCUGUUUUCUUGGGUUUCUUUCUCUUUAUUUCCUGGACGCAGCAGAAGAGUUCAGGACUGUAGUUUUGUCUAUGCACAGUGAGACCUCUACCCCUGUCUAGGAAGGGGCUUUCAUUCUCUCUUUAACUACCCGAUAUCAGCAUGGUAGAGACUGGGAAGCGAUCCCGUCCACAGAGAGAUUUUGGCUUCUCUGAUGAUGGGAAAUCACAAAGGCGGAAGUCUGAUACUGCGGAUAAGAAUCGGAGUGGGGAGUUAGUUGUCUACCGUAUACUUUGCCCGGACACUAUUAUUGGAAGUGUAAUUGGUAAAGCUGGAAAGGUGAUAAACUCAAUCAGGAAUGAAACAAACGCAAAGAUUAGGGUUGUUGAUCCAUUUCCUGGUUCAAAUUUGAGGGUUAUUACUAUUUAUUGCUAUGUGAAUACAAAGGAGAACAUUAGUUUUGAGUUCAAUGAGAAUGAUACGGAUAUAUUUUGUUCUGCUCAAGAUGCUUUACUAAAGGUCCAUUCAGUGAUUGCUAAUGCUGGUGAUUCGAGAGAGAAUGAUAAAGUGACUGCGAAUUUGCUUAUCCCUGGCAGCCAAGUGGCAAAUGUCAUUGGCAAAAAUGGAAGCCUAGUCAAAACAUUGAGAAGCAAGACCAAGGCUCGAAUCAAGAUUACUCCAAAGGACCCUAGUGAGCCGAAUCAUUCGUGUGGGAUGAGUUGGGAUAAUUUUGUUGAGAUUUCCGGAGAUGCUGAUGCGGUGAAAAGAGCAGUACAUGCAAUAUCAUCCAUUAUGUAUAGAUUCUCUCCAAAAGAAGAGAUUCCUUUGGGCUCAGAGGUUCAUGAUGUUGCUCCUACCGUUAUUAUUCCUUCAGAUAUGCCUAUCUAUCCAAGCGGAGGCUAUUAUCCAAGUGUAGAUUCUAUUGUACCACCUCGGUCUGCUGCUCCUGUUAUUGGUGCCACACACCACAUGGAAGGCCUUACUGGCUUUUCCAGUGAUCUAGGAAGCGCUUAUUCUCUUUAUUCUUCUGCACUGCCUGUUGCUCCUGGAUAUGGUGUAUCCUCUAGAACGGAGGAAUUGACUGUGAAAGUGUUAUGCCCUACUGAUAAGAUUGGGCGCGUCAUUGGCAAGGGUGGUGGUUCCAUCAAAAGUGUGAGGCAGUCGACUGGAGCACGAGUUGAUGUUGAAGAUGCGAAGGAUGAUUGCGAUGAAUGCGUGAUUAUCGUUGCCUCUACUGAGUCUAAUGGUGAUUCAAGGUCUCCGGCAGUUGAAGCAGUUUUACUCCUUCAAGGGAAGAUAAAUGACAACUCAGAUGAAGAUGAAUCUGUUACAAUGCGUCUACUUGUUCCUUCUAAGGUUGUAGGUUGCCUCAUUGGCAGAGGUGGUGCCAUCAUAACUGAGAUGCGCAAGAAAACAAAGGCUGAUAUUCGCAUCUCAAAGGGUGACAAACCAAAGUGUUGCGCUAGUAAUGAAGAACUUGUUGAGACCUCUGGAGAAGUUAGUUGUGUGAGAGAUGCGCUUGUUCAAAUUAUUUUGAGGCUCAGAGAAGAUGUUUUGAGGGACAAGGAAGGGGAUCAGGCUCCUUCUGAACCUCUUUACUCGGGUAGUCUUUCAACAUACUCAAGCCUGCCUGGUGGUCCCUCUGCUGCUCCCUUUAGUUAUGAUCAGAGGCAUGAUACGGGGUCUGGAUUGGGCAUGCUUCAUACUGGUGGCCUCCGUGGAUAUGGAUCUUUGACGGUUGGGGAGAAUGGAUAUGGUUCCGCUCUUUCUUCAUACUCGUCAAAGCCAUAUGGAGGAUUGUCUUCAACUUCCUUGGAGUUGGUGAUUCCUGCACAUGCUGUUGGAAAAGUGAUGGGGAAAGGCGGUGCUAACAUAACAAACAUUCGCAAGAUAUCUGGAGCAACCAUAGAGGUGCUUGAUGGAAAAACCCGCAAUGGUGAUCGCUUGGCACAUAUAUCUGGCACUACAGAACAGAAGAGUUUAGCUGAGAAUUUAAUCCAAGCGUUUAUAAUGUCUACUUAAAAAUCCCCUUCUAGAGAAAACUCCCCCUUUUAGAGAGAAGCUUUCUCAUCCUCAUCGAAAGGUGCUCGUUGUCUUUGAAUGUUGGCCUGUUUGAGCUUAUCUUUGCUUUGGUUCUGGGGAGGCCCUAUGAAUAUAUACAUAUAAUUUUAGGAUCCUCUAACUUAACAGGGGGUUUUCACCUCUUGUCUUCCAGUUCCCAUCAGAUGCUAGGGGACUCUCAGCUGAUACUUUUAGAGGUUCUUUCUCUCUCUCUCUCUCUUUCUCUCUCUCUCUCUCUCUCUCUCAAUUCUCUCUAUGUGGAAAACUUUGUUCUUCCACCUCCUUAGAACUCUUUAUCUUUUAGGAUCAUUCUCGUUGCUUGUUCUGUGCUUCUUUUCUUCAACCCUUAUCUGAAUUAAAAUUUGACUCAUUACAUACUUAUCUGGUGUAUUUUACAGAUCCUUACUAUUAUUUGCUUGGUCGCUGUGCUAUUCUUCU